AUGCGUUCCCCGACGGCCGACGCCAUGAUCGCACUCGCGCCCGAGCCGCUAUUCCCGCCUCUCAUCCUCGCGAUAUAUAUUGCAGGCGUCGCCGGCGCCGGAGCCCUAGCCAACUGUGCUCUCUUGGCUGCACUACUCAAGCGGUCAAGAAACGGGUUGUUUUUAAUCAUCAUACAACUAGCUGUUGCCGAUUUUAUUCUACUAGGAACUUCAAUCGGCCCGGAGCUGUGGUCUAACAACGCUAGGACAUGGAUAUUCGGAAGGCCCGCUUGUAUAGCAUAUCGAGGACUUAUUAUAUUUACGUCCACAGCAUCGUUAUAUUUAUCUAUUACAAUAGCCCUUCACACUUUAUCAACUGCAAAUCUAGAACAAAAAGCAACAAUACUCAGGACUAGAAGAAGCGAUGGUGAUGAUGAUGAGGAAAUUAGGUCCUCACGUCACAGUCUGGUCGCCAGCAGUGACACAUCCACCCCUCCACGGACAAUGAAUGUAGAUUAUAGACUCGUUGAUACAAAGGUACCCAUUGCACCACCAUCAAUCUUCGUUUGGGUGUUAGCUGUAUCUCUAAGCAUUCCGGAGUUUGCUUUGGCAACAACGGUUCGCCAUGAACACGACAUUAUCGCGUGCACUCUAGUUGACUCGAGCCACAGGAUUAAUAUGCAUACCAUGAUAGCGCUCUUUAAUUUAUUUCUCCCGGCAUUAAUUUUGACAAGUGCCGGAGCUCUCAUUGUGUGCCAAUUAAAAUCGAAGAAACUCUCAAAAUUAGAGGGAAGUGAGACAGUUUCAGCGCUCAAACUGUCGUUGUGUUUAAUAUUAGUAUAUCUUGUUUUUUGUGCUCCGCGAUCAAUAUUUUAUAUUUAUGGAUUGUAUAGCUUACAAGAUGUCAAUAAAAUAGAUAUUGCAUAUGAAAACGAUACUAUUUUAAUGAUAAAUUUAGUAUUCAGUGCUAUGUAUCUCGCCGCAGCUCUGUUGAGACCUAUAUUAUGUAUUAGUUUACUACCGAGAUUAAGAAAAGUCUUCUCAUUUGGAUUUAAAAAUGCUGAUGAGGUA